GUCUGUCAGAAGGUUAAAAGAGCACAUUAGACAACAUAAAAGUUUCAAUGAUCAAACAAACUGAAACAUUAACAAACUAUUUAUGUAUAUCAAUGAACAUGGCUUUUUUCACACAAAAAGUUUCAAUAAAAUAUUGAACAAUUAGUUGUCAAAUAAUAGCCUUUUCAUCAAUCUUCUUGUUCCAAAAAUAUCUCAAACAGUUUGUGGUAAGUUAAUUUAAUCAGCCAACAAUAAAUAUCGAGUGCAAUUUGGAUUUAUUAUGUUUCAAUGUUUCCAAUUGAAUUGUUACAAUUUUUCGUCCAUUUAAGCUGAAAGUAAAACAGGUUUAAAUCACAAGGAGAAAAAAGGUUAAUGUUUGUGUGUUUGUUUAAUGUUCAAUUAUAAUCACCUUAAUUUGGAAUACAAUUGACCAAAGGAUUAACAGUGAUUUAAAGCAAAGGAUAAUCAACCCAAAGAAAAGUCAACAAUCAGUUUCCAAUGAUUUAAAAUGCAAUCAAGUUGUGAAUGUUACCGUUGAACCAUGUUAAUGUUUACAGUGUUACACCUUUUAUUACUUUCAAGUGAUUUAAUAACUUGUUCAUCUGAUGUUCUUCUGGAAAUAACUGUUCCAGUGAAUGGAGCAGCUCAGAUUCCCUGUAAUGUUACCCUUUAUGGUAAAGAUGAGGUUCUUUUAAUACUUUGGUAUCAAAACGCAAAUGCCACUGGGCCACCUUUGUAUUCACUUGAUUUCCGUGAAUCACGUCCACAACAUUUCCUUUCAACUCAAUUCAAGAAUCGAAUGUCACUUGGGACAACAUUUGAACCUCCUUAUUUGCUCAUUAAUCCAGUCAAUCCAUCCGAUGAUGGAUACUUUUCAUGCCGUGCCGAUUUUAAAUGGUCAAGAACGAAAACUCAGACAAUUAAAUUGAACGUUAUCGUUCCCCCAAAGGGUAUGUUCAUUCGAGAUCGAUGGGAUCAACCUGUAUAUGCUAUUGCUGGACCUUAUCCACAAGAUUCAUCCAUGCAAUUGACUUGUAUAGCCGAAAAUGGUAAACCUCCACCCAAAAUAUUGUGGUAUUUAAAUGAUACUCUUGUCGAUGAGAGCUUUGAAAUUACGGACUCAUCUUCCUCAUCCUUAUCAUCAAAUGUAACCUCAACUCUUUUUGUUACCAAUCGUUUAUCAAUCGAUAAACUGGAUCGUUCAUAUUAUCAAUCCGUCCUAACCUGUCAAGCCAUAAACAAUUAUCACCCAUCAGUCCCAGUAUCAACCUCCAUACGUCUGGAUAUGUACCUGAAACCUCUUGAUGUGAUAAUAACUCCGGUUAAAGAGCCACUCAUUGCUGGUAAAAAGGUUGAAAUUGUCUGUUCAACUUAUGGUUCCAAGCCUCCAGCCAAAGUCAACUGGCUUUUACGAAGCAGGGAACUGAAAAGAACAAGGCUGAUUCACUCCCCUGAUGGUAACUCGUCAACAAGUACACUCAUCUUCACUCCAUCGGCUGAUGAUGAUGGAUCCAUUCUGAUAUGUCAAGCACAGAAUCCAAAUAUAAAGAAUCAUUUUAUGGAAGACAAAUUGCCUUUAAAAGUGCUUUAUAAACCAAAGUUGUCCUUGGAUAUUGUCGGUGAUCAAAAGUAUGCAAUCCAAGGAAGCAUCGUAAUAAUUGACUGUUCAGUCGAUGCCAAUCCACCAGUCAAAUCAAUCGAUUGGUACUUCAAUGAUAACCGUCUAAUUCCAGAUGAGCCCAAAGGAAUUCGUCUUGAAAACAACAGUCUACUGAUAAUGAAUCCAAAGCCUGAACAAAAUGAAGGAAACUAUCGAUGUGGUUCGUCCAAUUUCUUGGGUUCUGCCUUUAGCAACUACCUAUUCCUCAGUGUAUUUUAUGCACCUGUUUGCCGUGAAAAUGACUUAAAGAAAAAUUAUGAAGUUCGAUUGGGUGAAGCAGUAGAGAUAAAGUGUUUGGUCGAUGCUUCUUCGAAAACCAAUCUAACCUUUACUUGGAGUGCAUCAACUUCAACCAACGAGAAUCGCAAGUUGCUCACCAAUUACACAUCACACAGUGACACUAGUUACCUUUACUACCGUCCAACCAAAGUCUAUGAUUUCGGAUUCAUCUAUUGUUCAGCAAAAAACAUAGUCGGCCAUCAACUGGAGCCUUGCAUAUUCACCAUUAAACCAGUCCGAGAUACUCCACAAACUCCUAAAGACUGUAGCCUGGUAAAUGAUACUUAUCACUCAAUUUUGGUUACUUGUUCCAAUGAUCCGUCCGUAUCAACCCCAUUACCUGAGGUUUAUUGUCUUGAAGUUUAUGAUAUUCAAACUGGUUCCUUGGUGCUGUUUAUGGAGGAUCGUUUGCCUCGAUUCAAAGUUUCACUUGCUGGUCUAAAGGAUAUAAGCGAACACAGUUUAACUAUUUAUGCCAAAAAUUCAUUCACUCGAAGUGCCUCUGUAAAUAUCACGCUAAAAGGGGAAACUCAACUACUGUUGAACCAAGUUGCUAACAGUUCACAUUCAGAUGAAUUGAUCGAGGAACCCUUUCCUUAUAUUGCCUGCCUUGUGGUUCUCAGUGGACUAAUUAUCUUGAUAUUGCUUGUUUGGCUUAAGUUGAAGGGUUGGAAAGCAGGUGAAAGUGAGGACAAGAAAUCGGAUAUUGAUUCAAACAUGGCUCAAAGUGAAACAAUCAGUACAACAACUCCAGAUGACUGCCAAAUGAAAGAUGUUUCAAUAAAAGAGGCAAAGCGAUUGGCAAUAAUCAAUCUUAAAGAGCAAAGUAAAUCAUCAGCACCGGAUAUAAUUGAACUAAACUGUGAUUCUCUGGUUGUUAACCAUAAUGAAAGACAAGAAAAGAAACCUUCCCUUGAUGACAUUUCAGAGUUCAUUCUGGCUCAAAAUGAAUCUUAUCCUGUUCACCUCAUCUUAUCCGAGGAUGAUGACUUGGACAAGCAACAACGAGUUUUUUGUGUAUCAACAUUGGUUUGAUUUUUCAUUGUGAAAUAAUGGUUUAAUUGGAUUGAUUUGGCUGGCUCAUUUGGACUUAUUGAUUGGAAAUGCUCUAAAUGGCUUGCUCUUAAUGGAAACUGCUUAUGGGUUCAUGGUGUACACUUUUUUGUUUCUGGAUGUUAACUGUGUUUAAUCUGGAAAAACCCAAAAGUUCGUUAAAAUGGAAUCAAGCAAUAACGUAAUGUUAACCUGGAGCUUUGCCUUAUUCAUUCAAGUCAAAAAUAAUUUGAUUAGUUGUCGUAAGGAUCAUAAUAUACAUUAAUGGAUACAGAAGUUUAUCGACAACGAAAGGAACAGCCAAAAAAAGUGAAAAGCGUUUACAGGAUGAUAAGGAGGAAAGUCAAGAGACGGAUCGAGUUGAUAUUUAUUUUAUCAUUUAUUUUGAUAAUCUUGGAGUUGACGAUGAGAAACAAGAGAAACAAAGAAAACCAGAAAAGGCAAGAACAAAGAUGUGUGAAAAUGGAUAAAAAGUAGGGAAAAAAAGGUUAAGAUUCUGAUGGUGAAUAAUAGCUGUUAAUCUGAUAAAAGAAAGUGUUUGUGAGUUUGAUGAAUACAUGAAGAAAGGAUUAAAUAACCAGGAUACAAUAACAUAUGAUAUUACAAUGAGACCACAACUAUCCAAUGAUCAACAAUUGUCUAAAUUUGUCAAAUAAAGUGCCUUUCGAUACUUAAUGUGAUUUAUCAAUAUUUAUUAUAAAAUGUUAUAUUUAUGUACAAAAUUUAUAAUCAAAACAAUUAUUAACAAUUAUUAAAUUUUGUUGUUAAUUCAAAUCUUGUAACCAAUUAUUAAUCGAAAAAUAUAAAACAAAAAU